AUGAUAUCGCUGGUUUCCCGCUCCUUGCAGCUCCUGCUGCUACUCCUCAUUGCCUGCGCAGCCACCGCCGAACACACCUCCAACUGGGCGGUCCUGGUCUCCACCUCAAGAUUCUGGUUCAACUACCGUCACCUCGCCAAUGUCUUGUCCCUAUACCGAACCGUCAAGCGGCUCGGCAUUCCCGACUCACAGAUCAUUCUCAUGUUACCCGAUGACAUGGCGUGCAACCCUCGAAACGCCUUCCCCGGAACCGUCUAUAGUAACGCGGAUCGCGCUGUCGAUCUCUAUGGCGACAAUAUUGAGGUGGACUACAGGGGCUACGAAGUAACUGUGGAGAACUUUAUUCGCCUUUUGACCGACCGACUCGACGAAGAUGUUCCACGGAGCAAGAGGCUCGGCUCUGAUGCUGGUAGCAAUGUGCUUGUUUAUAUGACUGGGCAUGGGGGUGAUCAAUUCUUAAAAUUCCAGGAUGCGGAGGAGAUCGGCGCGUGGGAUCUGGCAGACGCUUUUGGUCAGAUGUGGGAGAAGAAGCGGUACCAUGAAUUGCUCUUCAUGAUCGAUACUUGCCAGGCAAACACUAUGUAUACGCACUUUUAUUCCCCUAAUAUUGUUGCGACGGGAUCCAGUGAGCUUGAUCAGUCUUCGUACUCGCAUCACGCAGACAACGAUGUUGGGGUUGCGGUGAUUGAUCGAUGGACUUAUUAUGUGCUUGAAUUCCUCGAGACUCAAGUGACAAGUGCCAAUUCAAAGCUGAAUCUCGGUGAUCUGUUUGAUUCGUAUGACGAAUCUAAAAUUCAUUCGCAGCCCGGCGUGCGUUGGGAUCUGUUCCCUGGCGGAGAACCAGAAGGUCGUCUCCGAACCGUUGUGGAUUUCUUCGGUAAUGUCCAGAAUGUUGAGGUUGAGAACGCCAAUGCAACAGACCCAGGCUCUCUCAAAGAAGACCUGGCUGAGAUUGCGAAGUUGGUUGAGAAAUGGCAAAAGCGUGAUGAAGAAUACUCUGCUAUUCUUAACAACUCUACCCAGCAAACAGACAACAGAGCUUCGUCUUCGGUGCAUCUGAGCCAAAAGAAGACUGUUGGCCCCACACGUAUGACCGAUGAGAGCAGCUGGGGCAAGCGCCUAGUGGGACUAUCUGUAAUUGGAGCAUGCACUGCAAUCUGGGUGGCUGGUUCGUAUUUGGGUCGCUGA